GCCGUUAGCCCCGCCGCGCGGAGCGAGCGCCGCCUCCGAGGGGCGCCGGAGCCAUGACCCUCCGCCGACUCAGGAAGCUGCAGCAGAAGGAGGAGGCGGCGGCCGCCCCGGACCCCGCCGCCCGGGCUCCAGACUCGGAAGUCGCUCCCGCCGCUCCGGCCCGGACCCCGGCCUCGGGCUCCCCCGCCGCGGCCGCCAGCCCUGGGCCCCCUGGGGACGAGCUGUACGCGGCGCUGGAGGACUAUCACCCUGCCGAGCUGUACCGCGCGCUCGCCGUGUCCGGGGGCACCCUGCCCCGCCGAAAGGGCUCAGGAUUCCGCUGGAAGAAUCUCAGCCAGAGUCCUGAACAGCAGCGGAAAGUGCUGACUCUGGAGAAGGAGGAGAACCAGACCUUCGGCUUUGAGAUCCAGACCUAUGGCCUUCACCACCGGGAGGAGCAGCGCGUGGAGAUGGUGACUUUUGUCUGCCGGGUUCAUGAGUCCAGCCCCGCCCAGCUGGCUGGGCUGACACCAGGGGACACCAUCGCCAGCGUCAACGGCCUGAACGUGGAAGGCAUCCGGCAUCGAGAGAUCGUUGACAUCAUUAAGGCGUCCGGCAACGUUCUCAGACUGGAAACUCUGUAUGGGACAUCGAUUCGGAAGGCGGAGCUGGAGGCUCGUCUGCAGUACCUGAAGCAAACCCUGUAUGAGAAGUGGGGCGAAUACAGGUCCCUGAUGGUGCAGGAGCAGCGGCUGGUGCAUGGCCUUGUGGUGAAGGACCCGAGCAUCUACGACACGCUGGAGUCCGUGCGCUCCUGUCUCUACGGUGCGGGCCUGCUCCCCGGCUCGCUGCCCUUCGGGCCCCUGCUCGCCGCGCCCGGGGCCCUGUGCGCGCCCGGGCUGCGCAAAACCAAGUACCGCAGCUUCCGCCGGCGGCUGCUCAAGUUCAUCCCCGGACUCAACCGCUCCCUGGAGGAGGAGGAGAGCCAGCUGUAGGGGCGGGCGGGCGGGGAAGGUAUUUAUUUAUUUAUUCGUUCCUGCCAGUGCAAAAAGGGGGCGGGGGCGGGCGCCGGCCGGAGGGGACCCCAGGAGCCCAGAGCAGCGGGAGAGGGUCCUCGCCAGCCAGC